AUAGGUCCAUAAAUUUGAAAGAUCCAUUUGGUCUUAGCAACAGUAGCUUUCAAAGGCAGAUUGUUGGGAGUGUGUGUAGUAUCUUGGUUGUCACCAAAUUUAAUGCUUCUUGGAGGUUUCUGUUUGCUGUGUCCCCUUCCAACAUUUAUUGCCCUCUGCAAUUUGGUUUAAAUUAUACAUACCCUCCCCAUUUCCCUCCUCUCUACAAGGUCAAGGUGGAAAGAAUUGGUGUUAUGGGGAAGUUGGAACCCAAUCUAUUGAAAGAAGAGAUUGUGCAGCUCCAGAGAGAGCUGGAGGGCCAAACUCUGGUUCGUUCCGCGCUAGAGAAGGCGCUCAAUCAACGGCCCCUCAUCGAUGAUUCCUCCUACAAAUCACUCUCUAAGCCUGCAGAAAAUCUCAUCAAAGAAAUAGCCCUCUUGGAGAUGGAGGUUGUGUAUCUGGAGAAGUAUCUUCUGUCAAUGUACAGAACAAGCUUCUCCAAAAGGCUCUCUCCUUUGCCUAAAACUGAUGCUCAAGUUGGCAAGACUAGUUUAGAAUCAGUGAGUGAGGAUUCUGUGAUUCCCUCCAAUGCCUCAGACCCGUUGGCAGACACUGGUAUAUACCGCAGCCACUCGUCCCUCUCUCACUCGGCUGCCUCCUUCAGGGCUUCGCCUCCUUAUGGAGCUACCGCCGAAGCCCUAGACUCCUACCAUUCUCUCCCCUUAUCCAUGCUUGAGCACACGUCCGAAGACGCUAAUGAAGCAGAGGAGCCUCGUUGUGGCUUCCGGGAAACCCCCAACUGGAUAUCUGAGGAGAUGAUCAGAUGCAUCUCAACCAUCUAUUCUCAUCUGUGUGAUCCUCCUCUCUAUGCACAAGGCGAAGAGAGCACAUCGGGGCAGCACACAAGAGAACAUUCUGGAUCAUUCUACGCAAUGGUCCAAGUGUGCAGCAUUGCAAGGGAGCUGAAUUCUGUUCAAGACCUGCUGCACAAGUACAGGUGUAUCAUUUCUAAACUGGCUCAAGUGGAUCCAGGCAGACUGAAUCAUGAAGAGAAAUUAGCAUUCUGGAUCAAUGUACACAAUGCACUAGUAAUGCAUGCGUUUAUAGUAUACGGGGUGCCACGAGGAAGCCUAAAGAGGAUCUCCCUAGUCCUCAAGGCUGCAUACGACAUUGGAGGCCACACGAUAAGCGUUGACACCAUACAAAGCUCGAUUCUGAGGUGCAGACUGCCUCGUCCAACUCAGUGGCUGCAAGCGUUGUUUUUCCCCAAGGCGAAGUUUAAGGCAAGGGAUCCGCGUAAAUCAUAUGCAUUGAAGCAUCAAGAGGCGCGGCUGCACUUCGCCCUGUGCUCAGGAUGCCGGUCAGAUCCAAUAGUUCGCCUGUACACAGCGAAGAGUGUGCACCAAGAGCUAGAGAUGGCUAAAGAAGAGUACAUCCAAAUGAACAUAAAGGUGCACAAAGAGCAGAAGAGAUUGGUUGUGCCAAAGAAUGUGGAGUAUUACAUAAAGGAGAUGGGGUUGUCUCCAUUAGGAAUUGCAGAAAUGCUUGAGCAUUCAAUGCCUCAUCAGCAAAGAGGAAAGGUGUGGCGAAAAGUCGAUUAUGCCCCCCACGACUUCGCCUUCCAUUUCGUGCUCUGUGACGAGCUCCUCAGAUGAUCAGUAGGACAUAUGUAUGCAUGUGAUUUUGCAGCUUUGAAUGACAAAUGAAUCGGAAGGGAUUCAUUUGUCAUUCCAAAAACUGGUUGAGUUGAAUGUGUUUCCAUUGUCAAUGGACCAAUUGAGUUUAAAGGAUUAAGAUUAUGUAUAUCUUGGUGUGUUUAUCAAUCCUUCCUUUAUUUGAGGAUAGAGUUAAAUAACUAAGUGGUCUAGUUUUGUGAAUACCUCAAUUUCUUUCAA